UAGGGCGGGGAGCAUUUGAGAGAACCUUGUCUAAAAGAAGUCCCGCCCAAAAGGACCUUGCUGCUUGGAACAAACUCGUUUGGAAGAACCUUGUUCAGUAUAAACCCUUGUCUGAUACAAGGCAUUUCCUGUUAAAUGACUUCUCACAAAUACAAUUCUUUCAACCCACUAGCGUUUAUCUAUAACGCUCCUGCUCAAUCAAACCACCUUAUCUAUCCAUGGAGGCUGUAGACUGGCACCACAAACCUACACAAGUUCUUUUGAGUAAAUUUGGGUACUAAAUCUGGAACCGACCUGUGUGACUCAGCCGCCAACGGCCUACAACAGGCUUUGAACGCUUACGGACAACAGCAAAACAGCCUUGGUUGAGAUUCAGACUCAGAAAAUUCAAAACCAUUAAUUGAUGAACUCAAUUCGUUCAUAUCAUUCUCAUGUUUAGAACCCUCUCUUUGUUUCCUCGUUUGCCGCUUUCCUUCCCUCAAAGAUUUUGUUUUGCUACAAUGUCUGUGGAAGUUAAACCAUGGCGUCCUAAGUUUAUUCCUGUGGAGCAAAGUCAAAUCACUUCAAUUAGUAGCUCUGAAGCAUACAGAUUCAGUGUUGUUUCGUAUAACAUACUGGCACAGGUGUUUGUGAAGAGUUCCUAUUUCCCACACUCCCCAAGACCUUGUCUCAGAUGGAAGGCUCGUUCAGAAGCUGUUUUAGCCGCUCUUAGAGCUCUUGAUGUUGACUUUCUCUGCUUACAGGAGUUGGAUGAGUAUGAUAGCUUUUACAAAGAAAAUUUGGAAAGACAGGGAUACUCAAGCAUCUAUGUCAUGAGGAGCGGUCAAAAGCGCGAUGGUUGUGGAAUCUUCUACAGGCAGACUUGUGCAGAGCUGGUCUUACAAGAUAAUAUUGACUAUAACGAUCUUGUGGAAUCUAUUGAAAGUGAAACAAACACAAGUGUGAUAAAUAGUGGCGUUCCGGUAGGAGGAGGAAAUGCUGAUGAUGAGGGCACCCAAGUUUCAAAAGAAAAAGGUGCUAAAGAAGACCAUGGGGAUCUUAAUGAUCCUCAUGUUAGACUAAAACGUGAUUGUGUUGGAACUAUGGCUGCAUUUAGACUAAAGAAUUUUUCUCAAGAUCUGAUCAUUAUUGCAAAUACACAUUUAUAUUGGGAUCCAAAAUUAGCUGAUGUUAAGUUGGCUCAAGCUAAAUAUCUUCUGUCGCGUUUAGACCAAUUCAAAGCACUUGUCUCGGAAAAAUUUGAAUGUAUGCCUUCUGUUAUUGUGACUGGAGACUUCAACUCCACACCAGGAGAUCAGGUGUACAACUACCUAAUUUCAGGAAACUCUUCCUUCGAGUCUGCAGUCGAAUGUCCGGAUGAAUUGCCGAUUCCUUUAUGCAGUGUAUACGCCUACACAAGAGGAGAACCGCCAUUCACCAACUGCACCCCUGAUUUUACAGAUACUUUAGAUUACGUCUUCUUUUCGCCAUCAGGUUACAUAAAGCCAGUAAGCUUCCUGGAACUUCCCGGAGCAGAUUGCCCGUCUGUGGCUGGCGGGCUGCCAAACUACCAACAUCCUAGCGAUCACCUCCCCAUCGGUGCAGAAUUUCAAGUCCUAAAACAAUAGCACUACAUUAUACUCUCCUUGAUUCCCUUUCAUUCUUUCAUAUCAUAUUACCCUGGAAAGAUACUUCCAAAUUUGAUUAUUUUCCUGGGUAUACUAAACUUUUUUGACCUUGGUAUAUUUUCCUUGUAAGAUAUAUCAUUCUUUGACCUUUUUUUUUAAAAAAAUUCUUGGGAAGUUUAUUACUGGGAUGACAUUUGCAACUUAAAUUUUGGCUAGUUGGGCAAACAACCCCAGCAUUUGGAUCUAACAUUAUUUAUUUUCAUAUUAAUGUUCUUGUUCCUUGUU